AUGACUUUAAGCAAUAUUAAGGUUUCUCCCUUAAAUAAAGACUGUAGUUUAGAUUUUUAUGAUAGUGAAGUUGAAAAAUAUAUAAACGAGGCCCCAAAAAACUGGGAUAAGUUUUAUAAAAGAAAUAACUGCAACUUUUUCUUAGAUCGUCAUUGGAUAGAUAAGGAAUUUAGCGAGCUAAUACAACUGGAUAAAGGGUUAGAUACUACAGAAAAGUAUAAUGUAGAUAAUAUGUCAAAAAUUAUUCUAAUAGAAUUUGGAUGUGGUGUUGGGAAUUCACUUAUUCCACUACUUAAUUCUAUAGGCAAUCUUCAUUGUAUUGGAUUUGACUGCUCAACUAGAGCAAUUACAUUGCUACAAGAAAGAUGGAAUGUUACUUGUAAUAUCUUAACUAAAGAUCAUUUUACUUGCAAAGGUAUAUGCCCAAUAACACGUAAAGAUGACCAAUGUCAACGACUAAUUGGACAUGUUUUUGAUAUAGUUUUGUGUGACAUUCCCCCUAGUAUAUGUAAUGAAUGUUCUGCUGAUUUUGGAUUACUAAUUUUUGUACUUUCAGCAAUAGCCCCAAAAUUUCAUCAACAAGUUGUAAUAAGAUGCUCUAAAGUUUUAAAAUCUGGAGCAAUUAUUCUUUUUAGGGACUAUGGGAGAUAUGAUAUGGCUCAACUACGUUUUGCAAAGUCCAAGAAAUCAAAAAUAGACGAAAACUUUUAUGUUCGUCAUGACGGCACCUUUGCAUAUUACUUCACUGUUGAAGAAAUAAAUACCUUGUUUUCAGCAGCAGGAUUUAGAACUAUCUCAAAUGGUUACUGCCUCAGAGAAGUUAGUAAUAGGAAAACACAAUCAAGUAUGCGAAGAAUAUGGAUACAAGCUAAAUUCCAGAAACUCUGA